AUGGGCGAGGACAAGCCAGAAGGAGAUGGCGAAGAGGUCGCCAUUGAAGUUCCCAUGCAGCCGGGGGAGCCUGUUGCAGCUGUGGAUGCAUCUAUUGAACCACCAUACGGAUGGGUUGUCUGUAUCGCCAUGCAUUUGAUCAAUGGAUUCACAUGGGGCAUCAUUGCGUCUUAUGGUGUUUACCUAUCGUACUACAUUGAUAAUUCUAUAUUCCCCGGUGCCUCGGAUUUGGACUAUACGUUUAUUGGUGGCGUCAACUUCGCCUGUGCCAUGCUCUGCGGACCUAUUGUCAACUUGUUUGUCCGAAGACUCGGGACACAUAUCCCUAUGUACUGCGGCUGUGUCAUGUUCGCGGGCGGCUUUGUCGCAGCCUCAUUUGCCACAGAGUACUGGCAUCUUAUUCUGACGCAGGGCAUCCUGGUUGGGUUGGGAACAGGCUUUUCAUGGCUACCAGCUACACCCAUACUUCCCCAGUGGUUCAACAGAAAUAGGAGUUUAGCUCAAGGCAUCGCAGCCGCAGGGAGCGGCAUUGGCGGCGUGAUAUUCUCGGCCGCAACAACCCCCAUGAUCGAGAAUCUUUCGCUUGCUUGGUCACUACGGAUCACUGGCAUCCUCGCAUUUGUGGUCCUGUUUACGGCCUGUUCGUUGAUCCGCGACAGAAACAAGACAAUCCGUCCCAGCUACAAGCCUAUAGACACGGAGCUCCUGAAAAGGUAUCAGGUCUGGCUGCUUAUCUUCUACACGUUCUUUUCCAUCCUUGGCUACAUCGUCGCGAUCUAUUCUCUAGGCGCGUUUGCGACAUCUCUCGGAUUGACUCAAGAUCAAGGCGGCACUGUGAUCACCAUCAUGAACGUCGGAACCGCUUUCGGUCGACCUUUCGUCGGGGUGCUAAGCGAUCGAUUCGGCCGCAUGACAAUAGCAUGCAUCCUGACCGCGUCAAACACCUUGCUAUCAUAUGCGAUCUGGAUUCCUGCCAAUUCUUAUGGCGUACUUAUAUUCUUUGCUCUUACUGUGGGCGCGACGAGUGGUGUCUACUGGGGUACAAUUGCUCCUCUUUGUGCCGAGGUCGUUGAACUGAAAGAACUUCCAUCAGCCCUCAGUCUGAUGUGGGUGACUGUCUCUAUGCCUGCUUUAUUCUCGGAAGCAAUAGCAUUGGAGAUUCGCCGACCUCAUUCGUCCCGGCCUUAUUUAUGGCCUCAGAUCUAUACUGGCUUGGUCUUCCUGAUCGCAGGCGGUUUCAUGUUUGAGCUCCGCCGGCAGAAAUGGGGCUUCAGGAGGGAAAGGCAUAGAUGA